AUGUAUGAUGACGCAGGCCUGAUGUCCACCCGCCCUCUGCUCCCUUCUUCCCCCAACCUAACCACAGGGCAGUGCAUGGCAGUGGAUGUGGGUCGCGUUCGCCUGUCCUUCCAUCCCAUCACCCUCUGCUCAGCCUUCCUUCUCCGCUGCAACCGCCUGGCCCUUCCCUCCCUCAACCUAGCUGCAGGGCAGCGCGUGGCUGUGGUCGUUGGGCAGCGCAGGGCAGUGGAUGUGGGGCACCUGGAGCUACCUGCUUGUUGCUCCCUUCUCAUCCCUCCUCCUCACCAACCCGCCUGGGUCCCUUGCUUCGACCCAACCCCAGGGCAGCGCAGGGCAGUGGAUGUGGGGCACCUGCACUGCACCUGCCUGCCACCCUUCUUUUUUAUUCGUGAUCCUCACUACACCACACCACUCUCCACCCCUCUGUUCUCCCUUUACCGAACCACAGGGCAGCGCGUGACAGUGGAUGUGGGGCACCUGCACUGCACCUGCCUGCCACCCUUCUUUUUUAUUCGUGAUCCUCACUACACCACACCACUCUCCACCCCUCUGUUCUCCCUUUACCGAACCACAGGGCAGCGCGUGACAGUGGAUGUGGGGCACCUGCACUGCACCUGCCUGCCUGCCCUGCCACCCUUCUGUUUUAUUCAUGAUCCUCACUACACCACACCACUCUCCACCCCUCUAUUCUCCCUUUACCUAACCACAGGGCAGCGCGUGACAGUGGACGUGGGGCACCUGCCUGCCUGCCACCUCUCUUUUUCAUUCGUGAUCCUCACUACACCACACCACUCUCCACCCCUCUGUUCUCCCUUUACCGAACCACAGGGCAGCGCGGCAGCGCGUGACAGUGGACGUGGGGCACCUGCCUGCCUGCCACCUCUCUUUUUCAUUCGUGAUCCUCCUCAUCACACCACACCGCUCUCCACCCCUCUCUUAUCCCGCUACCUAACCACAGGGCAGCGUGUGGCAGUGGAUGUGGGGCACCUGCAGCUGCCUGCCUGUCAUCCCCCUUUUCAUUGGUGCCCCCCACUCACCACACCACUCUCCACCCCUCUGCUCCCCGCCGUCUCCCUCCCUUCAACCACAGGGCAGCGCGUGGCAGUGGAUGUGGGGCACCUCCACCUGCCUGCCUGUGCCAUGGACCGCUGCUUCAUCAAUGUGGCUAGCGUGCACCUGAGUGCGCGCGUGGGGCGGGCAGCGGUCUCUCUGAAGGCUCUGGGGCCCCUCUGCUACGCCAUGGCAGCUUUCAAAGCCUUUCCGAAGCACCGGAACGUAGACCUGAGCAUCAGGAGGAACAAUGGCCCCUGGGAAACCCUGCCAGCAGUCACCACGAUCGCGCUGGGCAAUGCUAACUACUACGGGGGAGGGAUGAAAAUCUGCCCACACGCCAAUCCCAGCUCGGGAUCCCUGGAUGUGGUAACCAUAUGCGGUUACACCGUGCUGGGGUUCAUCCUGCGGGGACUGCACCUGUUUUCCGGCACCCACUUGCGCUUCAAAGGCGUAGAUAAUUACAGUGCCGAGGUGAUUGAAAUGAAGGUGGCGGCAGCGGAGGGUGACAAUAAGGAGGCCAGCGGGGAGGUGUAUGUGGAGGGGGAUGGGGAGGCACUGGGGCACCUGCCUGCAGUGUUCAGAGUGCUCCCAGGAGCCAUCGACCUUCUUGUUUAG